CCUUUUUUUCAUUUAUUAUUUUUGCCUUUAAAAAUAAACACAACUUUUGAUAUAUUUAUUAUCAAAUGCAAUGGCAUUCAUGCAUUUUUAAGUUAUCCAAAUAUUUUUGAAUAUUUUAUAUAUAGACAUGCUUUAAAAUCAUCUCAGCCUUUAUGAAAUCUAUUUUGAUAUUUAAAUAGCUUUUGAUACCACUAUUUUUUUUUUGGAUGAAAUAUUUUUUUAUACUGUGGCAAAGCUUGCCUGAUUGCUCAGGGAUGCAAUCAAAGUGUUCUGUGUAUAAUCUUGUAUUUUUAGUGCAUGAGAGACUAUUGAGAUUCAAAUGUUCCUGCAUAGAUGCAACCAUGACCUCAAAGAGGUUCUUAUAGGAUGAUGACACACAUCAGCGCCGUGCCUUAAACACAUCUGCCAACACAGAUAAUAGCUCAAUGUCUUUACGCAGCGCUUUCUGAUUGUUACAACUGUGUUUAAUGUGUUUCAGUUUCUGUUACAUGAUAAUGAGUGCUCAGAAUUAAUGUUAAUGAUACAAAGCCAUAAAUAACAUACAUUCUGUUCUUAAAAAUAAAGGUUUUCAAUGGUGCUGCUUAUAUUCAGCAAAGAGCGUAUAUUUAUGGCUAUAUAAGUUUCCUGAGAUAGCCAUAUAAAUAUAAUAUUUUUUUAAAUAGAUGUUUUUGAUAUUUAGGUUCUAAUUAUUGAUAUUUAGAUUAUAUUUAGGUUUUGAUUUCCAUGUUUUUAAAACACCCAUAUAGGGGUGUUGGAAGUAGCCAACAUCCUAUUUAAUAUGCCUAAAGACUUAAAAUUAUAUGAAAAGUAAUUUUAGAAAUUUAAGCAUUAAAAAUAACAAAUGUAAUGGAAUAUAUAUAAUACCCUGCCAAACUAAGUAUUACUAUUGCGGGAAAUAUUAUACCUGUACCUAAAGCCUUUAUUUUUAAGAGCCUAUUCCCACACAGAGAUCAUUUAACAUGUAACAUUUAAGUUUAUUUUAUCAUUUGUUUUCAAAGCAAGACAAAACAUGAAGUGACUGGACAUUUGCAUGCAUGUGAACGUUUGUUUGUGAAACGGCAGGAUGUUUUUUUUGUAAGCGCUCUUCAAAUUUGUUUUAUUUUCCAGUAAUAUUUCAGCAUGGUUUGAUAGGAACAUCAGCUCGCGUACAGAGCAGGAGCUGUGGGAGGAUUUGUUUUGGUUGUUAUGGAGCAUUAAAUAAACGGCAUUGAAUAAACGGAACGUGUAAGCGCCCCCUGUUGGUGAAUCGAUCCACAAGACACACGAAAAGAAUUGUUUACAUCUCCAUGACAACUGCCCGUGUUUGUGGUCUCCAUGGAGAACGCUAUAAAUAAACCUCCUCAAUAAAGCGCAGCAGUCCCACGAGAGAACAACGUAACUUAUUUAAUUUACCUAAACCUUUGAAUUAUUUGAAUAUAGAUAAGGGUAAAAAUGAAUAUAAAUACGACACACGGGCUUCCUUUCCUGCCAGGAAACUCGUUUCGGGAUUUAACGAAAUCCGCUUUCCACAGAGCUCAGACUCUGGAUUUCAAGAACGGUUACGCUCUGCCCCGGCGGCCCGCGGUCGGUACCGGACAGGAUCCGCUGCUGUCGGUCAACAUCAGUCACAGCGAGAGGAACCGGCUGAUCAGAGACAUCCCGAACCUGACCUACGGCACCGACACACACCGACCCCCGCCGUUAGACUUCAUCCCGGCGCACGCUGCUCACGACAAGAAGGUGCUGCGUUUCUAUGGUUACUUCCGGCAGGAAGUGUUGCACUCCCCGGAUGAGCACUUCCGCAUUCGUCCUGUGGUGAUCUACUAUCACCUGGAGGAUGACAGCAUGUGUGUGACCGAGCCGCCGGUGGAAAACUCUGGAAUUCCUCAGGGAAAGCUGAUCAAACGUCAGAGGCUGACCAAAAACCAGCACGGAGAUCUGUACCACUGGAAAGACCUCAAUGUGGGGAUGGACAUGAGCUUGUUUGGAACCGACUACAGGAUAACACACUGCGAUGCCUUCACACAGGACUACAUGGAGAGUCAGGGAAUAGUGUUAAAUGAGUCAGAGUCCAUUCCUAGCGAUCCAUACACCAUCCGCCGAGCUCAAGCACAGCAAACCCACAUUGUCCCCUAUGACCACAACCAUCAGCUGGAGCGUUUCCUCGCCCUGGAUCGACAGGUGCUGCGUUUCUAUGCGCUCUGGGAUGACACAGACUCUCUCUACGGGGAGAAGCGGCCCGUAACGCUGCAUUACUAUCUGGUAGAUGAUUCUGUUGACAUCUGUGAACAUCACGAGGCCAACAGCGGCCGGGACCCGUUCCCAGUGCUGCUCAGCAGACAGAAGAUUCCCAAACACAUCAAAUCAACCUGUGAGCCGUUCCCCACCUGUGUCCUGGAAGUUUCUCCACAGGAUGUGAAGGAGUAUUUCUCUCCCGAAGACUUCAGGGUCGGUGAUAAGGUCACGCUGAUGGGGAGAUGCUUCCUGCUGUAUGACUGUGACGACUUCACCAGGAAAUACUACGAACAGAAUCACCCCGACAUCUUGCUCAAACCACUUACUGUAGACACCAAAACACAAGAAGACAUCAAGAGGAUGAUUCCUCCGUAUAACGGCUUCGGUUCGCUGGAGGACUCGUUACAGAACUGCCUGUCCCUGAUUCCUGAGCCGCCCAAGAAGGACGUGAUCAAACUCCUGGAGAACGACAACAAAGUCCUGCGUUACGUCGCACGGCUGGAUUCCCAGAAUCCCCUGGAUGAGGGUCGACGCUUCAUUCUGUCUUACUACCUGUCAGAUGACAUGAUCAGCAUUUUUGAGAGAUCAAAACAUAAUUCUGGCAUUAUCGGAGGAAAAUUCCUUGAGAAGACUCGUGUCCCAAAACCAGGAAGCUGCAUGGAAAACCCAGAGUACUACACCCCUGCAGACUUCUCCAUUGGAGUGACUGUGGAGGUAUUCGGACAUCGGUUUGUCCUGAUGGAUGCUGACCGAUACGUCUUAAGGUACCUGGAGUCACUGUCCAAUCACAUCCCUGAACACACUCUCUCUUCCCUGAGACAGAAGUUUGGGGUCAGUCAAGUCUCAGACCAGGAGGAACAACAUAAAGCUGAGAGUGACAGAGCUGCGGUCGACCUCCAGAACCGAAAUGCUCCAUGAUGCUACUCAUCAUCACAAGAUACCAAAAGAUCAUUCAAUUAAGAAUGAAGGCCUUUUUUUCAUGUUUGUGCUUUUUGAUGCUGAGAUUUUUGUGAGUAUUGCUGUGAUAUUUGGAA